CUCUCUCUCUAUAAAUACAAAACACACCCAGCUACCAUUCCUCAAUUCAUUUCUCUUCAUUGAUUCCCACUUCUUCCUUUCUUAUCACAUCUAAAUGAGCUCUAUCAACCUCCCUCCUGGUUUCCGAUUCCACCCCAACGAUGAAGAGCUCAUCGUUCAUUUCCUCUACCGCAAGGCGGCCCGCUUACCUUGCCACCCCGACAUCAUCCCCGACAUCGAGCUCUACCGCUAUGAUCCAUGGGAACUCAAUGGCAAAGCAUUGGAAGGAGAAAACCAAUGGUAUUUUUUCAGCCAUAGAACACAAAACCCAGCCACAGCCAAUGGUUAUUGGAAGCCAAUAGGUGUGGAUGACACAAUCACUAGUGGUAGUAGGACAGUUGGAAUGAAGAAAUCUCUAAUCUUCUACGUCGGUGAAUCUCCAUUUGGGAUUAAAACCAAUUGGGUAAUGCAUGAGUUUCAUCUCUUGGAUUGUGCUACUAGUAGUAAAUCUUCAAAGAAGAGAGGAAAGCCCAAAACAGUUUCGAAAGAUUGGAUCCUGUGCCGAGUGCAUGAGAGAGAUAGCGGUUCGCAAUCGAGCUUCUGCGAUGAGGGGACAGAGCUUUCAUGCUUGGAUGAGGUUUUCUUGUCGUUAGACGAUGAUCUCGAUGAGAUUAGUUUGCCGAAUUAGAUAGAAAAGAAAAAAGAGAUCUGAAAAUGUAACUAUACUCCUUAAUGAAAGUGUAACAUUUUUAUGCUCUUAUAAUAACAAUAUAUCAUGUGUUUUGUUGAAA